ACAUGCAAAUACAUGAUAUUUCAUAUGUGUUUAUUUCAAACAGUUGUUUGAUAUUUGCUCAAAAUAUACAGGCAAGAAUUAGGAUCAUGGAAUGAUAGGUUCUCAAUGCCAUAAUCUGUAUAACAAUAAACGGCACUUGAAUUGGAAAAGUACAAAAUGCAUCUUUGGUCCUGCUUUAUUUUUGCGCUUUUUAUUUUAUUCUCACACAGUUUAUCAUUAUAACUAUGGCCACUACAGUACUCAGUAAAGACGAACAAGAGAACCUUUUCAAGUUGGCAUUAGAAGCCAAAGAGACCUCAUAUUCCCCUUAUUCCAAAUUUAGAGUCGGUGCUGCACUUAUGACUGAGGAUGGAAAGAUUUUUAAAGGUUGUAAUGUCGAAAACGCGUCAUACGGUGCUGCUAUCUGUGCUGAAAGAACUGCAUUUGUCAAGGCAGUGAGUGAAGGUUAUAAGAAAUUUCGUGCAUUGGCUGUGUCGACUGAUCAGACAGAAUGUAUUUCUCCGUGUGGUAUUUGCAGACAGUUUAUUUCAGAAUUCUGUGCAGCAGAAAUGCCUGUAUAUUUAUUGAAUACAAACGGCGAAUACAAGGAACUCACAGUGGGUCAAUUAUUGCCUUUUUCAUUUGGCUUGGAACAAGGUCAAAAAUACCUUUUUUAAUUUGAUUACUUCAUCAUACCUGAUGCUCCUGCUGUUACAAAUCUUGCCAAUAAACCAGUUAAAAUAUCUCUUCUUUGAUCCAUGCUCAGCUUUUGAAA